UUUGAUACGAUGAUAGCCUGCACCAGGUGCUUCCCAGUAGUUUUCAUUACGAUCUAUGGUAGGUGGUACCAACUAGGCCUCUUCCGGAAAGAACUAUCAAACUCGUUAAAACUUGUGUUGCGUUACUGCCGUUUCAAAUUAACAAUGAUGAGUCUCGAAAAUUGCUCACCUCGUCAAACUCAGGAUAUUAAUAACUUAAAGAAUCAAAUCAUGACUACCAAUCUUUGGGUUGAACAGUCAUGGUACGACUACAAACUGCGAUGGGAGCCGAAGGAGUACGGAGGUGUGCAUAUGUUACACGUCCCUUCUGAUCAUAUUUGGCGGCCUGACAUAGUGCUUUACAAUAAGACCUCAAGCGCGAGGACGAUCAGGUUGUUGUAA